AUGUCUGCACCGAAGCAGUUUCUCCCGUACCUGCCGACAGUGGGGUCGAUCCGAUCCCGCCACAAGCUCGAUCGGUCGGUAGCUCGAUGGCGGCCGACGGACCCUUUACGGGAAGACUCGUUAGUGCAGGACAGGUGGGAGCCGCAUCAGGAGCCCCAGAACCAGCCAUCCUUGGUGCAGCGCUUGCGUGAGGUCCAGUCCGUCCCAACGCUGCCCGCCUUGCCACAGACUUCGGACAGGCAAACUUCUUCCCUGGUCAAUCUCUGGCGUGAUGCUAGAGACUUGCUCAGCGGCAAAGAGGCGGAGCUGCCGAUCUUGGUGCCACCACCGGCACAUCGAGCAGUUGAUCUCGGCCAGGCGGCCACCACAAAGCCAAGCAGCAAGAAGCGGGGCAGCAGGAGGACUCUGGUGGAAGGCUCGGGAUUCGUGCACAUUCCGGAGGCUCAGAAGCGCCACCUGCGAUUAGCACAUCUUCGACAAGGUUCGCGCCCGGCGGUGGGCACGCAAUUACCACGGAAAAGACGUAGAUCGAAGCUGCCCAAGUCUCUGCAAUUCGAAGCUGUGCAGCCUCCUGAUGCAGAGGUCGAGGCACGGGACAACCGCCAAUCGCUGGAGAAGACAGGCCUUUCAACCGCGCAACAGGGCGCCCUCGAGGUCGACCGGGCCUAUGUCGCCCGACAGCUGGCUCAGCAGGUGGAGGCAACGAACAAAGAGGCUUCAAUGCAGAGACAGGCAGCUGCCGUUGCUGAUCGCUGGUGGUCCUCGAUCUUCUUGCCCGUCCCGGCUCCACGGCAGCUGCUGCCCGAAGCCUUGGUUGGCCAAGAGGGCUUGGUCAACGAGGUCAACGAUCCCGCGAAGCCGGUGACUUUCAAAGCCAAGGUAAAGCUGGCACCAGAGGAGAUCGAGGAGAUCGUGCGGCUUUGCCGUCUCUUCGCCGGUUUGACCCAACCAGAAACUGUGGAGGUGGCAAAGGGGGACUCUGGCAGCGAGGUGAACGAACUGGUCUUAAACAGGCCUUCAUUCUGCCAACUUCUGCUCGCGCUGGGGAUCUCCCCGCGGGCUCAAAACCUCGUGCCAAGAUAUCAUCGAGUCGUGAAUUGCUUCGACGCACAGGCCAAGCAGUGCCUGGUCAGUGGCCUGCCGGUGUCUGGUGGCAUGAUCUCUGGGCUAGCGCUGCCCUCCCUUCCCGAGAAACCGGACGAGGGCGCUAUGUGGCAGCUGGUGAAUGAUUCGAAGACCGUGGCACUUAUGAGGCUUUUCGGAUCGCUGCUCGAGGACAUGGCAACGAAUCCGCUCUUAGAAGGGCAGGACAUGGUGGAGGCACUGCCCCGUGCCAAGAAGCACUUCUUUUUCAGCUUGCUUCCUGCAGCCCAGGCCUAUGCAGAUGCUCGCCGCCAGCUUCUGCAUCAAAAGGCUGUGAAAGCUCAGAAACAGGCGGUUCGUUGGUCGCCGGCCUUGGAGGAGCCAAGCUUGAGCAAUACGCGCAAGGGAGACCGCAGCGUUCCAACUUCGGGAUCAAGCACACGUCCGACAUCAGUGAGCAGCCACGUGCCAAAGGACAUGGAUGCAGAGUCCGAGAUGACCAGCGAGGCACCAUCGCAAACGUCGUCGCCCACAAACAGGCGUCGCACCCCGCGAUCGCGGAGCCAAAGCGGCAGGCGAGUGCCUCCGCAGACGAGCGCACCCGCGAAGGUCGAGGACGAGCCGGACAACGAGCCUCCAAGUGCCUUACAGCCUCUACCGCCUGAGAUGCUCAAGGCGGAGUUUUUGCAAAGCCAGAUGCUUGAGCCAGAGAUCCUCAGUUUUGGAGCCAUGUUCCUCGGAAUUUUCCAGGUGCUUUUCAACAAGUAUCACGACUUUCCGACCUCAGCAUGUGCGAGCCAGAUGAGCAUAUCUGGAUUCUUGAGGUUCUGCUUCGACUUUGGAUUGUUUCCUUCGGUCGUAGACCUGCAAACCAUACAGCAGCUCUACGGCUUGUGCGCAGCAGAAGGCGAGAAGCAGGAUGCCAAGAGCAGCUCGACAGACCGUGGUGCAAGCCCUGCGCCCACGAAGAGCUCGCAGAAGAAACGCAUCUCACCGAAGAAGCUUCGCAAGCAAGCAGAUGCACCGAACCAGAUCUUCUGGAACGGGCAGCAGGUCCCGAUGCAUUUGGGAUGGCUGACGCACGACUUUGCUCAUCACAGUGAGCAGGAGUCCAAGUGCGUCUGCAUCCUGAGUGCCAUCAACGACUGGAUGAAGGACCGGAUGUGGACGCCCGCCGACGUCUUCAAUUUUCUGGACAUCAACGCGAGCGGCUUGAUCAGCACGCGCGAGUUCAUCGAAGGGGUGAAACUCAUGCGCUUGAAGAACCUGCCCAGCGACGAGGAGCUUCGCAGGUUGCUGCCGCUUCUGAUGUCUGCCGACAAGGGCCUUAUAGCACCGCGGGAACUGCAUCAGGCUCUGGCCGUCAUCGCGAAGCAGAAGCACAAGUUGGACCUUGCAGCGAAUUUUUUCCUCAAGUCCGAGCAGGACAUGUCCAUGGCAGAGUGGAACGCCAGCCACUUCUUCAGGGAUCUGGUCAAGGUGAUGGAGAAGAAUUCUUGGUCGCCGGAGCGUCUCUUUGCUGAGCUUGGAGGUGGCAAGGAAGCCAUCACGAAGCAAGAGCUCGAGGAGAAGGCGCGCGUCUUGCUUCGAGUACACUGUGGCCGAAGCCCGGCACUGGAAGUCGCCCAGCCCUUCGACAUCCUCGAUGUGAACGGGGAUGGGGUCAUUGAGAGGGAGGAAUUCGUUGCCAUCAUUGUGCAAUUGCUCAAGGCCUUGGCCAUGCAGGGCAAGGAGGACUCCGGCCGGCGCCGACGGCAGCUGCAGGCUGCGACCGUAGCCCUGGCUGGUCGCUUCCCUAUUGCCGAUGGCCUGGCAGCGGUGCGCCGUGCAGAGGCAACAGCUGCGGCCCAGAACACAAAGACGGUGGAGUUGUUCGGACUGCAUCAGUUCAUUGAGUGUCUGCUCUUGAUGGCUUUCGAGGUCAUCGGGGUCCGGGGCACCUCCACGCAGGCACAACAGCCGACCAUCACCAAGGCCGUGUGGCUCUUGCUUUACUUGCGCUGGCAAUACGAGCUGAAGCUGAAGCAGGCAAACGAGAAAAAAGAGCAAGAAAGCGCAUGGGCCGAGAAGCUGGGAGUCUCUCCCGACACAGUCCUGGAUGUGCUUGAUGAGAGGUCCUGUCACUACAAGGAUGCACUUCAUCAGCUCUUUGAGGAUCUGCCUGAGCUCUUCAAAGACGUGCCUUUUCCCAAGCAGGUCGUGGAGGCAGAGGGAGCAGUGGAGGUCAGCGGGCCUUGUCAAGGAUGCGGCCGCACUCGGCGCCGCGGUUGGGGCACACUGGUUUGCCCAGAGUGCUCGGACAACUGGGACGUGCUGGAGGCAUUCUGGCAGAAAGCUCAGGUGGAAGAUCCUUGCGGAAAGCGGAUGAACCUGAUCCAGAUGCUGCCUCAAGUGUUCAAGGCACCUGGUGGCCGGAUUCAAGCAGAAGGGGAGGUUCUGACUUGA